AUGGCACGAUCACCAGCUAUGAUGGAUCAGUCUACAAUGCUUAAGAUUUCCUUUCAUCAAAAAACUUUUGGACAAAAUAUUAGAUUAGAUAAUAAUGCAUUACAAGCGAUUCGACAUACAUCAUUUGAUAAUGGCAUUACAUUUACAAAUAAACCAAUUAACAUGAAUGAACAUAUACAUAUGAAAAUUAUUGACAUCGAUGAAAGUGGUCAAUGGUUAGGAUCAUUAGCUAUUGGUUUUAUUCAAAUCAAUCCAGAUUCAAUUCAAAGACAAGAAUUAUGUAAAUCUGCUAUACCAAAUAUUUGUCAAAAGACUGGAAUAUCUUAUGUUAAACGUAUUUUUGAAAGAUUAACAAGACAAACUGUGAUAACAUUUUAUUAUAAUCAAGAUGGAGCUUUUUAUAUAUUGGAUGGAAAAGAAUAUGAAAUUUCCAAGAAUAUUGAUGUACAAAGACAAAUGUGGGGUAUUAUUGAUUUAUAUGGAAAUGUUAAAGGUGCUGUUUUGACCACCCCACCAAAAACAAUUGCCGAUAGUAAAACAUUUUUUAUCCAAUAUGAUCAAAAACCAGAUAAACUACCAAUUAAAUAUUUUACUCAUUUAAAACCGACAAACCUUCAAUCAGUUAUUUUUCAUGAUAUUCAUGGACCAGAACUUGAUUUAUAUUGUCAAAAUAAAGUUGUUUUUCGAAAAAAUGUUCGAAAACUAUCACGACCUUAUUUAUUCAUUGAUUUUCCAAUGAGACCCGAUGAUGAACUUUAUAUACGUAUUUUAUCCGUUGAUUUCAGCUAUCGAACACCAGGAGUUAUUGGUUUUACAAAUGCUGAACUAUCAAAUGUUGUUCAAAAUAUUGAUAAACUACCAGCUGAUGAUCCAAUGGGUUUAUAUGAUCGUUCUGAAUUUUGGAUUAUAAACGAAGAAGGAUUUGAUGAAAGAUUAAGUGAACUUGAUGAAUAUCGUUUUGUAUUUGAUCGCAGUGGUGAUAUUCAUAUGUGGCGUAAUAAUGAAUCAAUUGUACCAACAAGAACCGUAGCAUGUGCUGAUCCAAGUCAACCAUUUUAUCCAUUUUUUUUUCUUAAUGGUCGUAUAAUGGCUUUCUCAUUAAUUGGUCUUGUUUCAUCUACUAAAAUAGUACCUGUUCAGCCGACACCAAAAAAGAAACAUGAUGAUGAAGGUUUAUGUCAGUUAUGUUACGAUGCCCCAGCGAACUGUGUUAUGAUUCCAUGUGGUCAUAUUUUCUUUUGUUUUGAUUGUAAAAGUCAAUAUGAGGGAAGGUCAAAAUAUUGUCCAGUUUGUCGAGCAGAAAUUAAAAAUAUUUUUGAAAUUGAAAAAGAUUAA